UCCGCCUCCAAGCUCGUGAUCAUUGUCAAGACAAGUCGCAUGAGCACAGCGACGCCGACUCUCUGAAGCUCACAGGCCCUCUCUCUACAUUCUAUCCUUUUUCGUUUAUCGAUGGUAGCUGCGCUUCCCCUGGACAUCUAUGUUGCGUUCCUCAGCCACUUGCCUCCGAACCGCACGAACGAUGAGAGCAUCCGUGUCCUGGCCCAGUUUCUUCGGUGCAGCAAGCUACUCAGGGAGGCAGCACUCGUGGGAUCUCUUUGGAAGGCUCACUACCGGACCCGAUACCUCUAUCCAAUCGAGAUUGUGGGCUCAGACCCCCAAUGGCGAAUCUUAUACGCCGAACGACGAAGAGCGGAUGCUAUUGCUCUCGAGAUCCUUGACACGAUCGCAUCGCAACGCCGAAGGCGCCCUGAGCAUGUAGCCCACCUCACGGCGAUGGGAUUCCAUAUUUGGGACGCGUUGGAGAUCGAGACCUUGCAGCCUUUACCCCCGAGCCUGGGUGGAGAUGCACGCGCGAAACCCCACAUGCUGACGCGUCGAUACUGGGCGCGCACGGCCAUGAACAUUAUCACACGACGAUAUGCUAUAGCCCAAUGGGGACCACUCACUAACGAUGAGCAGUCCCUGACGUUUGUCGAUGCCUUCUCCGUUCUCUCUUGCUUCUUCGGGACACCAGCUCGCGAGAUCUCCGACAGGCUGUCCUCGCUGAGCAGUUCUUGUCUGCGAUACUUGGCCGAUGAACGGAUCACCGUUGACUCGGCUGCUGCGGAUUAUCGACUGCCUGUGAUAUGCGAGCAGAUCUGUGUUUUCAUGAAGAGACAGGGAUUUGGACCAGUAGGACCACAAAGUUUUCACGACGUUUCCAAUCAAUUCCCGCACUUAUAUCUGACCAGCAAGAAACGAACGAUCCCCAUCGCACUGGUCCAUGUCUUCGUGCAUAUCGCUCACGGUCUGGGAAUAGAUGCCUCCCCCGUUGGAUUCCCCACUCGAGUGCUGGUUCACAUUCCCUGUCCUCCGGGACAAGACGACUUCCUGGUAGAUGUCUUUGGGGCGGAAGUGAAGACGAUUGUGACACUCAGAGACGACAUCCCUUUCAUGCUUAUGCGGCUGGGUAUUCCUCCAGAUCAGAUUGCAUCGUACAUUAUGCCAUGCGGGCCUGUUCCGAUGUUACUUCGCGCUGCAAGAAACAUCCUCUCCUUCUCUGGAACAGAGUUUUUGUCCCCAAUAACACAAUCAGCAAUUGAAGCCGCUGCGUCGAUUCAUCUUCUUUUCAACAGUGACGAGUUAUCGACAGCUCACAUGCUCCGGCAUAUCGACUUGGAUCCAUUGCACUGUACCACCGUCCUCGCAGAUAUUUCCGUUUUCAUGCACCGCGCACCUCGCGGUCUACUGCAGUCCACCUGCGAACAAGUCAUCAUGCAUGAGGACGAUCACGCGCAGGUCGUUCACCGGCGUUCCAUCGAAACCCCCGUGAGCCAUCGCGUCGGCAAAGUCUUCACGCACCGAUCAAGGCAAUAUACGGGUGUCAUCUUCGGUUGGGAUACCACCUGCGCGGCCAGCAUUGAAUGGCAAAGACAAAUGCGUGUGGCAGACCUUGCUCGGGGCCCAGCACAGCCCUUCUAUCAAGUUUACUCUUUGGAGGGGGGUCAACGCUAUGUCGCAGAGGAAAACAUUUCACACGACGUCGAUCUGACCUUGGAGCUUGCCUCCACUUUUCUGAGCAAUGUCGCGUCCCUUCCUCGCUUCUUUAGCGACGCAAUCACUGCCUCACCGAACAACCCGGGUCGCUGGCUCCCAAGCCCGGAGCUGCAGACCGCCUAUCCGGACGAUGUGUAUUAGAUACCUGCUCACGUAAUACUUGUGUGUGUUAAUGUGACAAACGCGUGACCCCCUUCACAAA